CGGAACAGCCCCCGGUUUCGACGAAUCUGCGACGAUGCUUGGAAGCCUCUGGGCUUUAGAUAUCCUCCCCACCUUUGGAACCCUUCCUCGGCCUGGGCUUGGUUAAGGAAUAGGUUGAAGGGCGGCGACAGCGCCAUUAACGGAAGAGAUGGCGGUGAGCGUAGAGAUCCCGAGGGAGUACGGAUACGUGGUUUUGGUGGUGGUUCUCUACACCUUUCUCAACUUCUGGAUGGGCUUCCAAGUCGGCAAGGCCCGGAGGAAGUACAAGGUGUUCUAUCCCAACCUGUAUGCGAUUGAAUCCGAGAACAAGGAUGCCAAGCUCUUCAACUGCGUCCAGAGGGGGCAUCAGAACUCGCUGGAGGCGAUGCCGGUGUUCUUCGUGACGCUGUUGGUGGGCGGGUUUCAGCACCCUAUAAUCGCCGCCGGGCUGGGCGUCCUUUAUACGGUCGCCCGAUUCUUCUACUUCAAGGGUUAUUCCAGCGGAGUCCCAGAGAAUCGUCUCAAGAUUGGGGGAUUUAACUUCUUGGCGCUGUUCGGGCUCAUAAUCUGCACCGCUUCGUUCGGAAUCCAUCUGCUCAUCCGAGAAGUGCUGUGAUGUGGGUGCCAAUGCGCUUUUGCUUGUGCUUUUGCUUGUGUUCGCGGCCCUACGAUGGUCAAAAAUAAUAAAGGUUUAGCCAAACUAGAGAUAGUGUUUCGAUCGGUCUUAAAAGUAUCAGAGGUCUGUACUCUGUAGACUUCUUUUGUCUUUGCUUUCUGUGUGUCGAAUUUAUGUUUGGAAAUAAAUUGCAGUCUUCUUUAAGAGGAGAUUAUAUUAUUGGCA